AUGACGAGCGGGGAAUUGGCGACGACACCAACGUACACCAUCAUCCAGGCGGAUGGAUUGUAUCCUGUAUGCUCCAAGCCUUCCGCUGCUCAAAGCCUACGUACUGACAAGUAUCGCUACAGGACGAUGGGAUCGAACAACAGAUCUUCGCCCCCCGACCUGGUGAGAACUACAAGCUCGAAUUCCUCUCCACGAAUCUGUGGCCCACCGGUGAGGCCGAGCCAAAGCCAUGGUCUGCGAUCCCGGAAGAUGUACGGAACAGAGUGGACGGCAUAAUGGACUUGAAGCUAUACUUCACAGAAGAGGAUGUCGCACUGUUUCCAAAUCUCAAGGUGUUAGUGAUCCAUACGAACAAAACGGGAAGUAAGAGGUGAUGGGGCUAAGGAGACACAUAGUUUCGUGCGGAUGGGAGUAGGCUACGACCGCCUUGCCCGAGAAGCAAUGGCCAAACGAAACAUCACCGUCUGCAACGUGCCGGACUAUGGAACAGCAGAGAUAGCAGACCAUGCUAUAGGCCUCAUGCUCUCCUUGCGCCGUGGCAUUCUGCUUCAUAACGAGCGUCAACGAGCUACUCCUCCAGCACCUUGGAUGGCAAUCGAGAGUCCGCUCGUUGCUCGCCUACAGCGCAAGACUUUCGGCGUCUUCGGUCUAGGCCGUAUCGGUACCGCAGCGGCUCUGCGAGCGAAAGCUUUUGGAUUCAACGUCCUCUUCUACGAUCCUUACUUACCCAAUGGCGUGGAUAAAAGCCUCGAUAUCGAGCGAACGAAAGACAUGAAAGAACUCUUCCGCCGAAGCUCGGUACUGAGUCUUCACUGCCCAUGCACGCGCGAGACCCGGAAUCUGAUUGACUACUCACUUCUAUCUCUCAUGCCGAAAGGCUCCAUCUUAGUCAACACCGCCAGAGGAGAGAUUCUGAACCUAGACGGUGUACAGCAAUGUCUGAGAGAGGACAUUUUAGCAGGCGCAGCGUUGGACGUAUUGCCAGAGGAACCGAUACCCGAGGACCGAGUACAUCCACUCCUACAGGCGUAUCGAAACAAAGAGGAGUGGCUUGAGGGAAGGAUGGUGCUGACGUGUCACACGGCGUUCUAUAGUCCAGAGAGUUUCGUGGAUAUCCGGGUCAAGAGCUGUGAGACUUUGAGGGAUGUGCUGAUCGACGGAGGGAGGAGUAAUGUGAUUACUCUGGAGAUGGAGUAG